AUGUCGCUCCCAGCUACCAAUACCACUCUCGAUGUCGACUCCCUCCUCAAAGAGUUGACACUUGAUGAAAAAGUCCAGUUGCUGGCUGGCCAAGGCGCCUUCAGAACCACAGGACUUCCACGCAGAGGAAUUCCUUCUCUUGUGGUAUACCUCCGAUGGACCCCACGGCAUCCCCGUGUACCAAGUCCUAUGCUGCCGUCAGCCACGUCCAUGGGCGCCACCUUCAACGUCGACCUACUCCGUCAAGCCGGGAACCUGCUCGGCGAAGAAGCAAGAUUUCGAGGUAUAAACGUGCUCCUCGCUCCGACUGUCUGCCUUCAGCGCUCGCCUCUUAUCGGCCGAGGCUUCGAGGCUUUUGGCGAAGAUCCCUUCAUGAGCGGAGUGCUCGCUGCUGCGUACAUCAACGGAAUCCAAGGUCAAGGUGUGGCUACGAGUAUCAAACACUUUGCGGCUCACGACCAGUCAGAUAACUCCGUCGAGGAUAACGUGGUUCUGACGGAGCGAACACUACGCGAAGUUCAUCUCCUCCCCUUCCAGCUCGCUAUGCGAUACUCUGACCCAUGGACCUUUAUGGCAUCUUAUAACAAGAUCAAUGGAAUUCAUGCCAGUGAAAACUCUUUCCUACUCAAAACCAUCUUGAGAGAUGACUGGGGGUUCAACGGCCUGGUCAUGAGUGACUGGUUUGGCACUUAUAGCACCAGCGAGUCUAUCAACGCAGGCAUGGACCUGGAGAUGCCUGGCCCGACAUUGUGGCGUGGAAAGGCUCUUUCCUUGGCUGUCAACAGCCGCAAGGUCUCGCAUAGAGCUAUCGACGACGCAACCAAGAAUGUCUUGACUCUGAUCAACAAGGUCAAAGCAGUCGAGCACAUUUCCACGCCGCCGAAAUCCGACUCUCAAGAGCAAAGAGCCUUGAUCCGGAAGAUUGCCUCAGAGGGGAUCGUCUUGCUCAAGAAUGACAACAAGAUUCUUCCGCUCACCGACGUCAAGGGGAAGAAGUUUGGCUUGAUCGGAGACCACAUCAAGCAUCCCGCUCUAUGCGGCGGUGGCAGUUCGGAAGUCGAGCCUUACUACUCCGUCACCCCGUAUGAUGCGAUAGUGGAAGAGAUUGGAGAAGCCAACGUCUCGUAUGCCCCAGGUUGCUACACCUUCCGAUUCAGCCCCCUCCUAGAGCGCCUCACCUGCCCCGACACGAAUCAAUUUGGAUGGUCUAUCGAGAUCUUUGGCGAAAACCCAGACGAGAACCCCAAGGCUGAGCCUGUUCUGACGACCAUUGCCGAGAAGCCCCUCAUCGAUAUCCCCGAGAGUCUUGCACUUCCCAAAAAGUACUUUGUCCGAGCUCGAUCGAUAUAUACACCUGAAGCGUCAAGGCAGUUUUGCUUUGGUUUUGGCGUGUCAGGCAAAGGCGUCUUGAAGGUUGAUGGCAAGGUCAUUAUUGACCAAUGGACCAGUCAACUGCCAAAGACGGAUUCGACCCCUUGCUUCAACAGACUGUGUAUGGAAAAGUUUUGCACUGUCGAUGUCACUGAGAAACCUAUGCUUCUAGAGGUGGUCAUGGUGAAUGAAGCCAUCUCUGGGGGUGUUGGCACCGCACUGACUCUUGCUGGCCGGGUUGGUGGUUUUGAACCCUUUGAUGAGGAUCAAGGCAUCCGAGACGCUGUCGAGCUGGCAAAGAAGGUUGAUAUUGCCAUCCUAGUCACAGGUCUGUCAUCCGAUUGGGAGUAUGAAGCGAGUGAUAGGAAACAUCUACGUCUUCCAUGUCGCACUGAUGAGUUGGUUCAAGCUGUUCUAGAAGUAAACCCAAACACGAUCAUUGUGACGCAGUCCGGUUGCCCGGUCGAGAUGCCUUGGGAGAGUCGGGCAACCACAUUGGUGCACGCUUGGUAUGGCGGGCAAGAAACCGGCCACGGCCUUGCCGAUAUCAUAUUUGGGAAGCAAAAUCCGUCGGGAAGGUUAUCCAUCACCUUUCCAAAGUCGCUCAAACACACUCCGGCGUACCUCACCUUUUCCAAGGCCGAUUAUGAUAUCGUUUACGGUGAGGGGGUUUUCAUCGGACACCGCUAUUACGAAAUGGUAGAUAGAGAUCCGUUAUUCUGGUUCGGAUACGGGCUUUCUUAUUCUGUCUUUGAGUACAAAGAUCUUGAGGUGCCCAAGGAAAUUCUCGGAGGAAAGGAUGGCUCCAUGACGAUCUCGCUCACGGUUACAAAUGUUGGCUCUUAUGAUGGAGCAGAAGUCAUCCAGGCGUACGUUCAGGAUUCAGACAGCAGCCUGCAGCGUCCCAUCAAGGAACUCAAGGCCUUUACCAAGGUUCACCUUGCAUGUGGGGAGUCGAAAACUGUUCAGCUUUCUCUGGAUAGGUAUUCGCUCUCCUUCUGGUCACAAGAGAGCUCCAAGUGGAAGGCUGAGGCCAGUACGUAUGUUGUCAUUAUCGCAUCGAGCUCUAACCCGAAGGAUGAGAUUAUUCGCGAAUCAUUCUAUCUGUCCGAGACUUACUUAUGGGGAGGAGUGUAG